CUUGGCAACGUUGCGAAGCCCAACCUCAUUUCCGCAACGCCGGAAUCCUUCAUUUCCCGUCUUAUCUUCGUUGUAAGGCCCUCGCCAUUUUCGAUAAAAGUGCGUUAAUCUUGCUUGGUGCUUGAAUUAAAAUGUCGUACAAUACCAGAAGAAUGAAUAAUACGCCGAAUAACAUGGCCGGCAUUGGCCAGAGGAGACCGAUACAGAAUAAUUUUACUCCUGGGGGUCAGCUCACGCCCCAGAAACAACCGGUUGUCACCCCGUCCCAGCAGCAGCAGCAAACUGGCAUCAACUUCAGGAACCAGAACACUCCAAAUCCUCAGCAACAGCAACCUAAAGUUCAACCACAAACACCAAAAAUUCAGCCACAAACACCGAAAAUUCAGCCACAAACACCGAAAAUUCAGCCCCAAACACCGCAACAACAAAAAACGUUCCCCCCUCCUCAGCAGCAGCAACAACAGCAACCGAUAGCAGAACCAAAAGUCGAACCGAUGUCUCAAACUCCCGCCGAAACUCCGGCGGCCGAGGGAGAGGGCGAGAUAACCCCGAAAAAAUUCUGGGCCGCGCGUAAAGGCAUCAAGAUCUCCAAGAAGGAGAAGCAAAGGCGCAGGAACAUGCGCCUGAGCAAAAUCUUGCAGCCCAAAAACGCCGUCAUGAUUUUAAACGAGCUCGUUCGCUCGCCCACUUUCACCGUGAACGACGUGCCCGAACAGGCCAAGCCUUGCUACAAGGCCACUGUAGUCAUCGACGGGGUGGAACACGUCGGAAUGGGUAACGGCAAAAACCAGGCGAAAAACUCGGCGGCCGAAAGCGCGAUCAAGUACCUGAUCAAGCACAAGCGCAUCUCGAGCAUGGGCUCGGAGGAGGGCGGCGAGGAAAAGAUGGACGUUGACGAGGCCAACGCCGACGGCACCGAGGCGCCGUUGCCGUGGCAACACGUGGCCUCGUUCGCGCUGUUCAAGCUUUUCACGUCGUGGGGCGAGGACACGCGCGUCAACGUCGAGGGGGAAAAGAUCGAGCACCGCCCGUCGAAAGUUAUGCCCGCCAACCCGGACAAAAUGCAGCCGCUGAUGCUGCUCAACCAGAUGCUGCCGCACGCGCAGUUCGAGGAGGUUGGCAAGACUGGCGCGCCUCCGAACGUGCUCUUCACCUUCAACUGCAAAGUCGACGAGCACGUCUUCCAAGGAAGCGGUUCCAGCAAGAAAGUGGCCAAAAAGAUGGCAGCUUUCGCGGCCUGUCAUCAAAUUUUGGGCGUCUCAUACCCUCCAGAUGUUUGGUCACCACUAUCUUAAAUAUUAUAAUCUCUUUGUAAGCACGGUCCGUAUAAAACGUACGGACUGCGCUAAGAAUUCACUUUAUUUGUAUUUUUUGUAACUGAUUAGUUUUUAGGUUUUAUAUUUUAUAGUUUACUUGUGUAAUAAUGUGAGUAUUAUUUAUCUGUGACUUUAUUUGUGAACUUGAUAGAUUGGAAAUUCGUUUAUAAUAAAUAAAUUUCAUUAACGAU